UGUUAGCAAUUUAAUUUUGUUUUAUCGUAAUGUGCGGAUAUGUAAUUGGACCUUGUUUUGAUUAUGUGACUAAUGUUUUAAUUUUCGUUUUCGAUAGCAACAUUUUCUUGAAGGAUCAAAUUUAAUCCUUGUUAUCAUUUUAUCUGCUUUCUUUUGAAAGCGUGCAAUAGUCAGACUCUGGGCUUUUCAUGUAUUAUCAGCUGUCUCUAUGUUCAUUCAGGUGGAUCCUGUCAGAGCUUCAGUUCUGGAUGUAUUAGUCUGUUGUGUAGAUAUGGUUCUUAAUACCGAAUGGGUGCAGAUUGAAGCUAUAGAUUUAACCAGUGAUGGCUCAGCUUGGGGAUUUGGCAUAACAGGGGGACGAAGUACUGGAGUUGUUGUCAAAACUAUUGUCCCUGGAAGUGUGGCUGAUAAAGAUGGUAGAUUACAAAUAGGAGAUCAUAUUAUACAGAUAGGUGAUAUAAAUCUUCGUGGCAUGGGCUCAGAGCAAGUAGCUAUGGUUUUGAGACAGUGUGGUUCCCAAGUUCAUUUAAUUGUUGCCAGACCUGUUGAACCUACCUCUCCUGAUGAAAAUCUCCUGCAAACUGCAGCUGCAAUUGUCCCAACUCGUGUACUUAAUGAGCCAGAAGAGUUAGAACAACAACUGAGUAUUUACCAACCUGGUUCAAAUGGAUUUGCAGAUUCCUUGUUACAAGAAAUGUAUUGUUCUGAACCUUCACCUCUUAUGCAAAAGGAUCCAGUUCUGUAUAGAAGAAAUGAACGUGUAGAUAUGGAAAGUUUUGAAGUUAAUUUGAUUAAAGAUCAUCAAGGUUUAGGCAUAAUUGUGGCAGGCUAUGUAUGUGAAAGAGAAGACAUUUCUGGUAUUUUUGUGAAGAGCAUAGCCAAAGGCAGUGUAGCAGAUCUAUGUGGCCAAAUCAGAGUGCAUGAUCAAGUUGUAGAGGUGGAUGGUCAUCCUUUAAAAGGCUAUUCAAAUUGUGAAGCUGUAGAAAUAUUAAGGAAUACUGGAAAAUAUGUGAAACUGCAGCUUGCAAGGUACCAUCAUGGUUCAAAAUUUGAACAUUUGCAAGAAGCAAUGGGUUCAGAUAAAAUUCAUUAUACUCAUGAGUAUUCUAAUACCUCUCGAAAAUCUAUUUCUAAUCCACAUUCUGUUGCAAAUAAUAUGUAUACACUGAAUUCUGCCGAAUCAGAAGAAAUAAAAGCAAAAUGGGAAAAAAUACUUGGGAACAAAAUUGAAAUAAUUAUAACAGGUUUGCAGAAGAAUGAUAAUGAAAUAGGUUUUGGUUUCAAUGUGGAAACUAGAAGAGAUGAAAAAUCUGUUCUUCAUCAUUUUAUAUCCAAUAUAUGCAAAGGCUAUAGUGUUGAUCGCAGUGGAGCUCUGUUUAUUGGUGAUGAACUGUUAGAGGUGAAUGGUAAAAAGCUGCAGGAUGUGAAAUAUUCUGAAGUUCUUUCCAUUUUCAAAUCACUUCCACCAAACAUUUAUUUAACUUGUGGUCGAUCACAUCAUUGGACUAGUAAUUUAUCUUUAAUUCCUUGGUCUGAAAGGCUAGUGAAAGCUAAGUCUGACUCUUACCUUGUGUCUCGAAAAUGCUAUCCAAAUAACUGCAAAAACCUCAAUAGAAGAUCUUUGGAAUUACUUUCAUCUCUGGCUACAUGGAGUAGUGAACCACAUUUUAUUGAUCUGAUAAAGGGAGAAGAAGGUCUUGGAUUUAGUAUUGUAGAAUACAAGGAUUCUUUGACGCCUAGCAUUCAGGAUGAAAAUGUAAUAAUAAUUUGGAGUUUGGUACCUGGAGCAGCAGCACAUUUGGAUGGUCGUCUCUUGCCUGGCGAUCGUCUGUUAUCUGUAAAUAACAUAAAUUUUCGUCAUACAAACUUUGAUAUGGCAACUCAGGUUUUAAAGAAUGUGCCCAAAGGUGUUGUUCGGUUAGGAAUAGCAAAACCAACGACUUUAUCUAGAAGUGUGCCUGCCAAGAUUUCUUUUAAAGAACCAAUUGAAAGUAGAGAAGAAAUUGUCUCGAAUGGAGCAGCUCUGCAAAUUUUUGAGUACAAUGGUGUAUGUCAUACUUAUGAAGAACCCCUGAAUUUUUAUGCAACAAGAUCACAGACGCCUUCAUCCUUAUUUUCGUUUGGUAAUGAUUCCUGUUGCUCAACACCUUUUAGCAGUCCUGGUUUGUCCUCAAGUGGAAGGUUAUGGGGAUUUGAUAUUCCACUUUUGCCUGCUGCGCUUGAAAGGGUUGUCAAAAUCAAAAAAGGAAAUAAUAAAUUGGGUCUUGUCCUUGACAUUGUUGAUCGAGGACAGAAUGGCAUGAUUGUGAAGUCAAUCCGUCCUGCUAGUGCUGUGGAGAAGGAUGGCAAUGUUCAAGUUGGAGAUUAUAUUCUUGGCGUCAAUUCUGAAAAUAUGCGCAACAUUACCAGAUCCCAAGCUAGAGCUAUAAUCAGGCGUGCUGAAUUAACAAGCUCUGACAUUGUAAUUAAAUAUAUUCCUGCUGGUGAUGCUGCUGUACAUCAACAGUCUGCAGUACUAGCAAAAAUUCAUGAAGGUAGUGUGUCUCCAACCCCUUCCAUAAUUUCUCGCCAACCUUCACCAAGGGUUUUUCCAGAUUAUUACAGGUCUCCUUACUUCUCUCAGAAAAGUAGUAAAACUACUCCUGACCGAGAUGAUGCUGAUGGGCAAAUAUCUCCAUUUAGUUUCUUGAGUGAAGAUGAUAUCUUAGCCACACCUUCAUCCCUCUGUUACACAACUGAUAACUUUGAUUCUUCUUCUGAUGACCUUCUGUUGGAUCAGUCAUCUGAUGGAGGGAUGAAGGAAAACGGGGAACAUAACGAAGUAUUUCCUUCUGUUGAAGAUAGAAUAUUACUUUUCCAAGGGAUUAAGCAUCAAGUGCCUUCAAAAUUUAGUAGAAUGUCUACUUCGCCAACAGUUUCUCCUGUUCAAGAUGAGUCUCCUCAGCAACAGAAAAGCCCAGAACUUCCUGAAACUCCAGAUUCCAUACCAGAGAUACCAAAUGCUGAAGUGUCUACAGCAACCAAUGCAACCAAUUCUGCUGUAUCUAGUCCUUUACUGACAGCUGUGGGUUGCCAAUGGGGUGUUAAUCGAACAGUUGAACUCUGGCGUGAGCCAGGUCAAGAAAUAGGAAUUGGAGUAGUUAUGGGUUGUAUAGAUGUACAAGAAGAUGAAUCUGGAACCCCAUUAUCUGGGAUUUUCAUUAAGCAUGUUGUACCAGACAGUCUGGCAGGUCGCAAUGGAACGAUAAAUCGGGGUGAUCGCAUUGUUGCAGUCAAUGGAAUUGAUCUGCAGAAUGCUUCCUACAAAGAAGCAAUUGAAACUAUUCAAAAUGCAGAGAAUCCUAUUAAACUUACUGUGCAAAGUUUAGUGCCUUGGUUUCCUUUCAACUAUGAGAAUGCUGCACAAACUCCUUCACCAGGCCAUAUUCCAGGUAGCCCAGUUACUGGAAGUUCAUUUCAUGCUGAGAAACUAAAACAGCGUUCUAUGUCUGAAGAUGAAGAUGUUUUGCUAGAUACAGAUUUCCAAGGAAAGGUUUAUACUUCAAAAGGGGUUGAGAUAGAUCGUAACAGUGCUGGCUAUCUUAAAAUAGCUGAGGAUGAAGAAGAAGAAGAUGAUUAUGGAUACACUAACAAGAAAGUUCAGAAAAAGUACGGAGACUUAAAAGGAACUGUAUUGUUGGUUGAAGUUGAGAAAGGUGCUAAUGGAUUUGGUCUUAGUUUGGCAGGAAAUAAGGAUCGUUCUAAAAUGAGCUCUUUUGUUUGCGGUUUGCAUCCUUAUGGGAAAGCGGCAAAAUUAGGUACAGUUCAAGUUGGAGAUGAGUUGUUAGAGGUUAAUGGAAUAGUUUUGUAUGGCAGAUGUCACUUAAAUGUUUCAGCUGUAAUCAGAGGAAUCAUGACACCCACGUGUAAAUUUGUGAUUCUAAGAAAAGAAAAUAGUAUUGAAGAAAUGGCUGUGAAACCCAUAUCACAUUUUCCAGUUGAUAUAGAAAAUGAG